GGCUCGGCUCGGCUCGGCUCGGCUCGGCUCGGCUCGGCUCGGCUCGGCUCGGCACUCAGCAUGAAGACAGUGAGGCAGUGGCAAGCGCUGCUCCUGCUGGCGCUGGGACUCACGCUGCUCGUGGUGGUGGCCGGUGACUUCUGCAGUGUGAACUACUGUCAGAAUGGGGGUACCUGCCUGACUGGCAUCAAUGAAACCCCCUUCUUCUGCAUCUGCCCUGAAGGCUUUGUUGGGAUUGACUGCAAUGAAACAGAAAAAGGCCCUUGCCACCCCAAUCCUUGCCACAACAAUGGUGAGUGCCAGUUGGUCCCAAAUCGAGGGGAUGUCUUCACUGACUACAUCUGCAAGUGCCCCACAGGGUAUGAUGGUGUGCACUGCCAGAACAACAAGAAUGAAUGCUCCUCAGAGCCUUGCAGAAAUGGGGGCACCUGCAUGGACAUGGAUGGUGACUACGCCUGCAAGUGUCCUUCUCCCUUCUUUGGGAAGACUUGCCAUGCCCGCUGUGCCAUUCCCCUGGGCAUGGAAGGAGGAGCCAUCUCUGAUGCACAGCUCUCAGCCUCCUCCGUCUACUAUGGUUUCCUUGGCCUCCAGCGCUGGGGGCCAGAGCUCGCUCGCCUCAACAACCACGGCAUUGUCAACGCGUGGACCUCCAGCAACUAUGACAAGAGCCCAUGGAUCCAGGCCAACCUGCUGAGGAAGAUGAGGCUGACUGGCAUUGUCACACAAGGUGCUCGCCGUGUGGGCAAGGCGGAGUACGUGCGUGCCUAUAAAGUGGCCUACAGCCUAGAUGGGCGUGAGUUCACCUUCUGCAAGGAUGAGAAGCUCAACACAGACAAGAUUUUCCAGGGGAACGUGGACUACGGCACCAUGCAGACCAACAUGUUUGACCCUCCCAUCACAGCACAGUUCAUCCGCAUCUACCCCGUGGUGUGCCGCCGUGCCUGCACCCUGCGCCUCGAGCUCAUCGGCUGCGAGAUGAAUGUGUAUUUCAACACGGCAGGUUGCUCGGAGCCUCUGGGCAUGAAAUCCCGCCUGAUCUCUGACCAGCAGAUCACAGCCUCCAGUGUCUUCAAGACGUGGGGCAUUGAUGCCUUUACCUGGUAUCCCCAUUAUGCCCGCCUGGACAAGAUGGGCAAGACGAAUGCCUGGACAGCACUGCACAAUGACCCAUCCGAGUGGCUGCAGAUUGACCUACGGGACCAGAAGAAGGUGACGGGCAUCGUUACGCAGGGAGCUCGUGACUUUGGCCACAUCCAGUACGUGGCAGCCUACAAAGUGGCAUACAGUGACAAUGGCACCUCCUGGACUGUGUACAGGGACAGCCAGACCAACAGCACCAAGAUCUUCCACGGCAACAGCGACAACUACUCACACAAGAAGAAUGUCUUUGAUGUGCCCUUCUAUGCCCGCUUUGUGCGCAUCCUGCCCGUGGCCUGGCACAACCGCAUCACACUGCGUGUCGAGCUGCUGGGCUGUGACGAGUAGGGGGGGGCAUGAAGGAGUGACAGCCCCAUCCCCAUCACCCGGCCCACACUCUGCCCACCCCACACACCUCCUGCUCACACCUCCCUCUCUUCUUCCCUGAAUUUUGGAGGGAGGCUCCAGGCGCUGCCUUGCCUCAGGGGGUCCCCUGCCCUGCGCUGGGGCUGCAGCACUGCACUUUAUGGGGCUGCUCUGGGUAGGAUGCAGGGAUGGCUCCUGCCCUUCUGUCCUACAAGCUGUGAGUGAGACUUCCUCCUUUGCAAAUGGAUCUUGGCUGUGGGACUCUAUCCUGCAUGCAGGUUCUUGUUGCAGCCUCCCCUAGGCCUGGAGAUGACUUUUCUCCCUUUUUCCCUCUGCUUCUAGCAGUCAGCAGCAGCGCCCUACGUGCACCGCACCGUAAUUCAGGGCUCAGCCGUUGUGGGGGAUCAUACCUAACCUCUACCAUCCCUCCUCCUCCCUGCAUGGCCAUGUGAAGGAGCUGCAAACCUCAGCCUUAUCCCUUCUGCCAGGCCCUGGGGCUCUCUGCGGGCUGUAUCAGCGCUGCAUAGUGUGAGGGGAGUGCUGAGAGGGGGAAAGGCUGCUCCUAUCAGUAGUUCUUCCUGCUGCACUGAUCUUGUGGCAGCUGAGAGCCCUCCUCAGCCCCCAAGAGAGCAAACCCAUGGGUCUGUGGGGUCGAGUGGUGAGGGACACUCACCCUGGGCACCCUGUAGCUCAAGCCAGGGUUGAUCUCAACAAUUUUUUUUUUUUUUCCGUUUUGAUCACAUUCCCAGGGUACCAACACUAUUGUCAUGGAGCAGCUGGAGGAGGUGGUGGAACAGCCCAAAAACAGACCCCUGAUCCUUUCUGUAACCUGAUUUUUCCCUUUUUCGGGGUGGCGAUGCUGGAGCUGUUGGGAUGGGCAGUGGGAAAGCAUUGAGCCAGCACCAGCAAGUGGGAUGGCAGCUAGGAAAGUGUUGGUGGCACCAUUGUCCCUAUGGACUGGUAUGGGAUGUGGCCACAGCGCUGGGCUGGCUUUGGGAAGGACCGAGGGGACCCAGGUGGCACAGCCUUGCUCCAGGGUGUUGUUGACAGUAUUAAAACUGAAACUUUGGGUUGUUG